AUGUCGGGGCUUACCCCACGAGAUUUGAAGGAUAUUACAGACCUCGUCUCCCGAAAAUUAGAGAUGUAUUUAAACAUAGAUGAACGAGAGAGAAAGUUUGAUCCCGAGGGUUGUUAUCGAGUAUCACCCAGAAUGCACAAAUAUGAUGUAAUGUAUAGACUACUCGAAAGCACGGAAUUUGAAAAAUCACUGAAAACUACACCUAGGUCAAGGUCACGAAAUAACCAAUCAGAAUUGAGGACAGAGCAGACUCCAAGGUCAAGGUCACGGAAUAACCAAUCAGAAUUGAGGACAGAGCAGACACUAAGGUCAAAGUCGCACAAUGACCAAUCAGAAUUGAAGACAGAGCAGACUUCUAGGUCAAGGUCACGGAAUAACCAAUCAGAAUUGAAGACAGAGCAGACUUCUAGGUCAAGGUCGCGUAAUAACCAAUCAGAAAAGGUUCAAAGGUCAAGGCCAAAUAAUAAAGAAUUUAAACAAACCGAAGAAAGAUCAAGGUCAAAAAGUGCUAAGACACUGAGUGGUCAACAACCGAAUAAAUCUAAAACACGACCAAAAUCAACCACGCCCAAUGAAAUCAACAAUAAAUCAACCCAACAAAAACCAGCGACAUCCAAAUCAACACAGGAUAGUUUUUCAAGGCGAUAUCAAUAUCGCCCAAUAGCCAUUAAAACACCUCGUUCAACCAACACAAUGGUUGGAGCCAAACAAACUAGAAGAUUAGAACUAUAUGCCAAUGAAGUUUACGACAAUCAUCCAGUCCAAGAAUUACAACAAAUACACAACGUUUGUCCUCGAAUACCAAAUAAUGGUAAAGUCCAGAAUUAUUCCAACCAUGUCGGAGCAGCAUUGAAUACCAAAAAUUAUAUGGACUUCUAUUUAAAAGCUGGAUUAGAUGGAAAUAAAGCCAGUCCCAGACGAAAUCAAAGGGAGAUAACUUAUAAAGGUAGUAUGAGUCCAGCCGCCAGUGGUCGAUGUUCAGGAGAUUCAAACCAGAGUUCAAAUAGUCCACAAGUUGAUACAUCCAGAGCAGUAGUAACCUUUCAAUCUCCGCCCAGUUCAGGAUCUUCAGAAGCCACUUAUAAAGUCAUCAACUUUCGAGAAGAAACAAAUCCACAUAGUUCUUCAGUAACGUCAUCAGAGGCUGAUCAAAGCCAAUUUGAUGAUGACGUAAUCAGAGCACAGCAGCCAUAUGACGUCAUCCAAUCACCACGACAACCAUAUGAUGACGUCAUACUAUCACCACGACAACCAGAUGAUGAAAUUUUCCUCCCAGAACAACCAACAGAUAACUUUCAGAAAACUCCACGGGAAUCUGGAAAUCCCGGGGAUCGCUGUAAAUCCAGACUAGGUCGUAAAAGUUCCUCUCUUAACAUCAACUACAAUUCCGACUCCGAAGAUUUAAGCAUUUCCAGCUCGGACAAUGAGCGAAAUGUUGAUAAAGACACCUCCACUCGAACCAACAGUCCAGCUUCAACACAGGAAUCGUUGGAAACUCCAUCCAGCUAUCAAGAAAUUGACUCUUCGGACUCAUCAAAUUCGUCUGUUCUUCGGUACUAUCGUUUGUCCACUGGCGAAGUCUACAGCCCAAGAAGAUCGAAGAGUCCCAAAGCAGGAAAAUCUGCAGUUCAGUUUGAAGAUGGGGCGAAACAAAGAAAACCAAGAAAUCCCCUGACGCCAAGAAAAUCACCAGAACGGCAAAAACGUGGUAAUUCAGCACAAAGAACAAGGCCUAAUCUUGACGAUUCGUCUUCAUCGGCUUCCAGCUCCUGUUCUCCAAGAUAUACAUUGCUUCGUCCGUCUUCUAGACUUCUGAAACGUAGUUCAAUCCGCUCAGAUUCCGUCAGUGAAGAAAGUAUAGACACUCCGCGAUCCUCAACACCGUUUCAGCCUCAACGAUCCCAUCGUCCGAAGACAUCAGUCAGAAGAUCUAGGGAUAAGCAAUUGAUUGACUUAAACCUCACGGCUGUCCUGAACCGGGAGAAAUCCGAGAUGAGCGUAGCCGGCACUGGAGAUGAUGACGUAUUUGUUGACGAAUCAGACGAGUUCCACAGAGCUAGCGAGGACGCCACUUCAACUCAAUCCCGUGGCAUCUGCGAUGAGAGUGACAACGAGUCCCAACACUCUAUAUCGAGAGAAGAGUAUUAUAUGCUGGGAAAGAAUGGUACUGCCUCUCUACCAGCUAGCAUUGUUACUGAUCGACGCUUCUCCCAAGCUUCCCCUACACCCAGUCCGAGGUUCUUGAAAACGCCCGAUUCGACGAAAGAAAAUGAUAUUACAACUUAUUCAACGACUGAAACAGUUCCAAUGCCCGAGAGAAACGUCAGCUUCAAUGCUCAAGAAUCGUCAACAGAGGAUGCAGAUAUACCAAGAGGCGAGGAGACCCCAUUAGUUCCUGAAUAUAUCUCUACCGGUCAACAAAACGUCUCAAAUCUUGCCGAGGAAAUUCCAAAAAGUUCUGAAAGUGACACUCACGACUCUCAAGUAUCUGGAAGUGACGUUGAAUACCUUUCCAGAGGUUCCGAAGGAUAUCAUAAAGAUGGUCGUGGAAACAGUAGGAAACGGUCAGCCACAAGACGUCCACCUAGUCGAGGUAGCCAAUGGGAAGACGAGUGGCCGAAGUUUAAAUUUUCUACCCCGAAAAACCUUCCGGGGAAUGACCCAGACGAAAGAGGUGAUUAUCAAUAUCUUCCGGAAAAUCGAGGGAAUUUCAACGAGAAAGGGUACAGCGAGAAUGAGCAGGAAUAUUACAUUACAACAGAAUACAACCCUUCAACAAAUACAGAGGACCUGCAACAAUCUUCACAAGAACCAAGUUGUGGAAUCCCACCUAAGUCACGACCAAAAAGUGGUAUUUCCCAAAAAAUAGCUAGUCCCUUAUCCAAUGAAUCUCGUGGUGAAACAAGUUCUCCGGCGGUCGUUCAUCCGGGAUAUCUCAGUCAAUCUGAGAUCUACAAAGCCAUCUCGAACCUCAAAGAGGUAGCAAUUGAUCUCAACAAUGAAAACAAUCCAGAACCAUCAACAAGUGAAAUUACGAGUUCCUCCUCCGAAGAUGUCAAGCACUACAACUUUCUGUUAGGAUCCGAUACCAGCCCUCCAGAAGUCGCUCGUGGUGAAUUCAUUCCAUCUUGCUCUGCUACACAGUCAGAAAUGUCGGUCAUUAUAAAGCCUUACCACGAACCGUCACAUUUGGAGACCUCACUUGUAUACGAUAUGCAAGAGAAGACGGAUGAAUUUCGUGGCCGAGUUGAUGCUGAGGAGUUGAACGCAGAUGUACCUGCGGAUGAUAAAGAAAACGUUCUUGGUCGUGGAUUGUCAAGAGCUUCUUCUGUUACCAGUACCCUUUCGUGGUCAGAUAAGUAUGGUCCUCGUGCGAACUCUCAUCAGAAAGACCAGGGACCGGAAAUUGUGGCAUCUCCAACACCCGAUAACAGUCCUCAAAAGCGUAACACCGAAGAAGUUCCUAAAGAUGUUGUGUCCACGUCUGGUCAUAAUGCACCAACUGGAUCUCAACGCGGAAUGCUUGAUGAAGAUGUCCUAAAAAAUCUGGAGCAAUUUUACAUCAAACGUGAAGAUGCUGAAGACGAACCUUACUCCAAAGUACAUCGUCCAGAAAUCAACAUUGAGGGCAUAAUGAGCCAGCUGGAACAUCUAGUGAAGGCAAAACAGAUGCAUUUGGACAAAAGUUCUUUCAAUAUUGCAGAUGAAAUUUCUUGUGUUCGAGGUGGUGAUACGGAUGAAGAUGCAUCAUCCGACCAGGUUCAACCAGAACAACAAUACUCAAAGUUAAUAGAAACUCUCAUUCAGUCAGCGCCUGCGAUAUCAAGCGAUCAAGGGUCUAGUAGUGGAUCCGUUACGUCCGAAAGUGACUCCCCUACAACAAAUGGAGACCAAUCUGCCAAGCUCCCAAGUUCCUCGGCACUUACAACUACGGCCAUAGUAUGCAAAGAAGAUUCCACAUCAGAUGGGAACCAAUCCGCCAAAUACCCACGUACCCCUACACUUACAACUCGGACCAUAGUAUACAAAGAAGACGCCAAAUCCUCCUCAGAUGGGAACCAAUCCGCCACACUUACAACUACGGCCUUAGUACACAAUGAAGAUGCCAACGUCAGAUCCAUAUCUUCAGUAGACGCAACUGACGCAGUUGUUGGAGGUAAUCUUAAACUUCACCAGUCCUCUUUUCUGGAAACAGCUUUGGGAAUCAGUGGGGACGUCACAGAAUGCGUGGUAAAGCCAAAACAACAGAAGACGCAUCUGACAGAAAAGGACAUCGUAGUCUUGAAAAAUCCUUGCCUGGCGGUGGCUAAAUCGGACGCUGGUCAAAUAUUGGAUUGUAAAUCAACGGCCCCACCCCAAAAGAAAGUAAACAAGGUCUUUGAAAGAGGAAAGCUGGAAACUAGGCGGCCUAGAUCUGCAGCAGUUAGAUCUUUUAGAGCGAGGAGUACCUCGAGAAGAAGGCCCAGCUCGGGUGUAUAUAUGUCUGCUUGAAAUUUGUUAUUUUAAUGGGCCUAAAAGAUUUUAUGGUCGACAUUGCGAAUUUAUGAUUGGUUAAAACUCUUAAUUAUAUGCAAUAAGAACAUAAGGAUAUGAUUAAGAAUACAUGAUAAUUCUUAGAAACAUCAAUUAAUCAAACAGUUUGCUUAAUUUGACACUAAAAAUAUAAGGAAACCCAUCUUUAAUUAUAUGCAAUAAGAACAUAAUGAUAUGAUUAAGAAUACAUGAUAAUUCAUUAGAAACACCAAUUAAUCAAAUAGUUCGCUUAAUUUGACACUAAAAUAAUAAGGAAACCCAUCUUUAAUUGUAUGUACUAUUUAUUCAUUUAUUGUAUAUAGAUGUACAAAGUAAAAUGAAAUGAAUGAGUUUUACGUCCUACUUUUCUCUGCUUUAUUGGGUAUAUACAAAAAUCUUUAUUUUGAAUUGAAAAAUUGUAUCUUCAAACUAUUUUUAAAGAGAUUGUAAAGAAGUUUUCUAAAUUUUGUAUGUGUAUCAGAGACACUGAUAGCAUCAAUUUACACCAUUCUAAUUUUCAAUCAGAUGUCUGUGGUUCUUGUUAAAGAGAUUGUAAAGAAGUUUUCUAAAUUUUGUAUGUGUAUCAGAGACACUGAUAGCAUCAAUUUACACCAUUCUAAUUUUCAAUCAGAUGUCUGUGGUUCUUGUUAAAGAGAUUGUAAACAGGUUUUCUAAAUUUUUUAUGUGUAUCAGAGACACUGAUAGCAUCAAUUUACACCAUUCUAAUUUUCAAUCAGAUGUCUGUGGUUCUUGUUAAAGAGAUUGUAAACAAGUUUUCUAAAUUUUUUAUGUGUAUCAGAGACACUGAUAGCAUCAAUUUACACCAUUCUAAUUUUCAAUCAGAUGUCUGUGGUUCUUGUUAAAGAGAUUGUAAAGAAGUUUUGUAAAUUUUUUAUGUGUAUCAGAGACACUGAUAGCAUCAAUUUACAUCAUUCUAAUUUUCAAUCAGACGUCUGUGGUUCUUG